CAGUUCGCCCAACAACGCCCACUCCACCCACUCCACCCACUCCACCCACUCUCCCGUUCUUCCCCCACCCCCCAGACAGCCUUCAAAACAACUUCUCGUCGCUCCUUCACACACUCCUCUCUUCUUUCUUCUUCAACCCAUCCACUCUCACAUAUACAGACUUCGUUGGCAAAGUCAUUCCCGUUUUAACAAAAACUUCUAAUCAGAAACAGAAAACCCACACUCUCUCAAAAUCAAAUUCCAAUUCCAAUUCCGGUCGCAAGUCGUCCCAAUAUCAACACGCUCACUCUCUCUCCCUCACGCGCAACGCAAAUCAGUUCUCCGAACAACAAGCCAGAGGUUGAAUCUCGACUUCAACAACACCACCACCACCACAUAACCCAAUCUACCACCCCAAUCAGUUCAAGAUGCAACUCAUCAACCUCUCCCUCGUGGCCCUCCUCCCCCUCCUCGCCCUCGCGCAGGACACCACCGUCGCAACCACCACCUCCACCGCCACCAUCACGCGCACCAUCCACGUCUCGCAGGUCAGCACCCUGACCCUCACCUCCUCCUCCUCCAUCGCCCCAAACUCCACCUACAUCCAGCCCGCCACCGCUAUCGCCCAGAACGCCACUACCUCGAUCGGCACUGGCACCGGCGGCGUCAUCGCCCCAACUACAACUGGGUCCGGCACCAAGCCCAGCAGCUCUGUUGGCGCUGCGCCAGUCAUGUCCGCGUCCAACGCUGGUCUGCUUGGCUUCAUUGCCGUUGCUGUUGCGGCUUUGUUGUGAGCGCCUUGGGCGCUGCAAUCUUCGAAAUCGUUCGAUGCGAUCAUCAUUCCUUUUUUCAACGCAUUCAUGCCCUGUACGAGCCUCCGACAUCUUUGAAAGCGACUCCGCCCUCGCCUCGAGGCUAAUGCGUUACUCGUUACUUUUGUUCCCCGCUUUGGGGCUUCUCUGUCAUCUUAUGGCUCUGGGGAGAGAGGGAGAUGGAGUUGAGAAAUGAGAUAUGGGUAUCCUGCAUCUAGGGAUGAUCUGUGUCAUAUAGAUGUCUCUUCUCUUUAAACUCUACGUUUUCUCUCUCUUCCCAUUUUACGCUUCUCGAAUACCCACCUUUACAUUUGUUUGUGAAGUACCUCUUCGUCGUUCUUGCAAUCGGCUAGAUACCAACUGGUUUCUUUUCAAGUGCGCGCCGCGGGCUGUGUCCGGCGUCUAGCUCGUUCAUCAACUCCUCUUUUUAACUACUACUUGUUUUUUACUUUUUACGUGGGGAAGGGAUCUCGGGUCUGUUUGGGGGUUUAUUAAUUGUUGUGGAAGAAGGGGACGGGAGAUCCGGUGUGUUGUUGUUGGAGUGGUGUGCAAGGGCAUGUGACGGUCUGCGUACCAUCACCUAAGCAUUCUUCGCUCGUCUCGCCGGCUGGUGGGAUGGGGUUGGUUUGCUGGUAGAAGCCGAUGUCUGGGAAUCCUACUUCUUCUUGCGAUCCCCCUUUGGGGAGUGGAUUUUUACAGAUGGCUUGGUGAAGGGGGUGUCGGAGCUCAUGUAAGGAAGUGAAGGGCAUGUAGCGGGAUAUGGAAAGGGUAUGCAUUUUGUGUUCGAUAUA